GUGCGGGCUUUGCGGUGGCUGGAGGGGCGAGGGGUGCCUGGUGGGCGCUGCCCCGUGGAGCUGCGGAGCCGUUGAGCCGAGGGGCCGGCGGCCGGGGCGGUGAGGCGGGGCCCUGGCCUGUCCCCUCGCCGCUCUGCGGCACUGCCCGUCCUGUCCCUGCUUCGAACGGCUUCUCGGCCUUCCACUGCCCCGUGAAACGGGGCAAGCUUUUUCCCUUCACCUUUCAGGGAGUUUCACUUGGCGCCUCCUGCAGCGGCCGCGGUUGCUUGUUUCAUAAUUGAAAACGAUCACUGCUGUAGUACAGUGUUUACAGUCGGGGGACUUUUUUUUCUUGGCUUGCGCAAGCACAAGUUUUAAUGAAAAACUGGAGCUAGUAAUGCUUUAAUCUAGGCCCUGUUUAGGUCCUGUGACCCGAUGGGGAUGAAAUGUCAUGCUGAGUAUGGAUGACGGUGUGCAAAGGCUUCAGAUCUAGAUAAGGUCUUAGAAUAUCUACUUAGCUGUCAUAGCGGUGGAGACUAGAUAAUAUUGAAGAAGAGCGAAGCUGUACAACUGCUUUCUCUGCGGUUCUGAGGGGAUGCUUUGCAGUUUUUAAAAAAUGCAUCUCUACGUUGCUACAACACUGGACACUGCUUUCUAUAUAGCAAGGAAAAUCUGAAUUCCUCCAACGCUCAGGAUGGGGAAAGAUUAUUAUUCUAUCCUGGGAAUUGAAAAAGGGGCUUCUGAUGAGGAUAUCAAAAAGGCUUACAGAAAACAAGCACUAAAAUGGCAUCCGGAUAAGAACAAAUCUCCCCACGCAGAGGAAAAAUUCAAAGAGAUUGCAGAAGCUUAUGAAGUGCUGAGUGAUCCCAAAAAGAGGGACAUUUAUGAUCAGUUUGGGGAGGAAGGUCUGAAAGGAGGAGCUGGAGGACCUGAUGGACAGGGUGGUACUUUCCGGUACUCCUUCCAUGGUGACCCACAUGCUACAUUUGCAGCUUUCUUUGGUGGCACAAAUCCUUUUGAGAUCUUCUUUGGAAGGAGGAUGCCUGGUGGCAGAGACACUGAAGAUAUGGAGGUGGAUGGGGAUCCAUUUGGAUCUUUCACUAGUUUCAGUAUGAAUGGUUUUCCAAGGGAAAGGAAUACUGUUGGUAGCCAGUUACGUCGUAAGCAAGAUCCCCCUGUAAUCCAUGAACUUAAAGUGUCACUUGAAGAGAUCUAUCAUGGCUGCACAAAAAGGAUGAGAAUUUCACGUAAAAGGCUUAACCCAGAUGGUAGAAGUGUCCGAACAGAGGACAAAAUUCUUACUAUUGAGAUAAAAAGAGGAUGGAAAGAAGGCACCAAAAUCACUUUUCCAAAAGAAGGCGAUGAAACACCUAACACAAUUCCAGCUGAUAUUGUUUUUAUCAUUAAAGAUAAACCUCACUCUCACUUCAAAAGAGAUGGAUCAAAUAUUAUCUAUCCUGUUAAGAUCAGCUUAAGGGAGGCUUUGUGUGGCAGCUCUAUCAAUGUGCCAACGAUAGAAGGAAGAACCAUACCCAUGACAGUAAAUGAAGUUGUAAAGCCUGGGAUGAGAAGAAGAAUUAUAGGAUAUGGUUUGCCAUUUCCCAAAAAUCCUGACCAACGUGGAGACUUAAUUAUAGAGUUUGAAGUAAUUUUCCCAGAUAACAUUUCUCCAGCAUCAAAAGAAGUACUUAGACGAAAUCUCCCAGUUUCAUAAAACAAAGACUGUGUAUCUCAGCUGUUUAAAUAGGACACUGGAAAUGCAGAAGACUGGCAAGUCUGUGCUUUAAAAGUGCAAUCUGUAACAACUAAUGGAAUAUUUGUUUCUUUCUUUUGUGGGAUGGGUGGGGGGGAAAUACUGUAAUGCUGCAUGAGAAGAAAAAAGUUCAAUACAAGUCAUACAAGUGACUUCUGCAGUAAAAUUUACAGGGAGAACCACUCAUUUUAUUUUACAUUCUAAUCAGAAGAGUUUAUUCAUUACUUUGUCUAAGGUAAAAUGUAGUUGGUUUUUACAAAGUCAUGCAUAUUUCUGAUACAGUACUUGAGCCUUCAGGUAUUUAAUUUCUUAUAUCCCCUACUGUAUCUAUAGCAUUACCUGUUUAUAGAGAAAUUAGAAAUACACAAAUGUGUAAAUAAGUUGAAGAGUAAAACAUGGAAGAUACAAUUUUGGUAUGUUGCCUUCCACUGCACAAAGCAUAGGCUGGGAAAAUCAGCUAGGACUCCUGAACUGUCCCCCAGUAAAAUUAAACCAUUUUCUUUAUUGCCCCAGAAUGUGUGAGGACUGCAUUGAGAGUCUUACUAAAGGGUAUGUGGCUUGAGGAACAGGAGUAACCAUUUGCUUUGGGAUGGUUCUUCAGCUUUCAGGCAGAACCAAGAAGGGAUUCUGCAAGUACAUAAACAGCAAAUGGUGGGCCUGCUGUUGAAUGGGGCAGGAAACACAUGAUAUGGAGAAGGCAAAGAUACUCAAUGCCUUCUUUUCAUCAGUCUCUACCAGUAAAACAGGCCUCCAGGUAUUCCAGGUCCCUGAGACCAGAGGGGAGGUUUGGCACUUUGGUGAUGGAGGACCAGACUAGGGUGCACUUAAACUGGAAAUCUGUGAACCUAACAAGUUGUACCCCUAGUGCUGAGGAAGCUGGGUAAUGCUAUUGCAAGGCCAUUCUUAAUUAUCUUUAAAUGGUCAUGGAGGUUGGGAGAUGUUCCAGUAGACUGGAAAAGAGCAAAUAUUCUUAUUUUUAAGAAAAAGAACAAGUAAGGUUUGGGGAGCUACAGUUCAGUCAGUUACACAUCAGUCCUUUGGAAGGUGAUGGAGAAAAUCUCUUGGAAAGCAUUUCCAAGUACAUGAAGGACAAGAAGGACAUCAGGAGUAGUCAGCAUAAAUUUACAGAGGGGAAAUCAUGUUUGACCAACCUCACCUCCUCUAGCUUUGUGGGUAACAGAAGAACAUGUUUAGUUUUACUUCAGAAGACAGACUGACAAAGUACAGGUUAGAUGAGUGGAAAGUGAGGUGGGUUAAAAACUGGCCAAAUGAGUGGGCACAGUGGAGGUGUAAGCAGUGGCACAAAGUCCAGUUGGAGGUAAGUCAGUAGUGGUGUACCCUAGGGCUUAAUACUGCAGCCAGUAUUAUUCAACAUCUUCAUUAAUGACCUGGACUAUGGGAUUAAGUGCAUUUUCAGAAAGUCUGCAAAUCAUAAAACUGGGAAAGAGUGGCUGGUAGCACCAGAUGAUGUACUGUCUUUCAAAGGGACCCCAACAAGCUAGAAAACUCGACAAAGGAUUCUCACAAAGUUCAGCAAGUUAGAAUCCAAAGUCUGUUCCCUAAGGAACAACUCAAGGCACUAGUACGCCUUGGGAGCUGAGGGGAACCUCAUCAGUCUCUACAUCUACCUGAAAGGUCAUUUUAGAAAGGUUGUUGCUGGUCUCUUUUCACAGUUAAUCAGUGACAGAACAAGAGGGAAUGGCUUCAAGCUACAACAGGGUAGGUUUAGACUGGACAUUAGGAAAUUUUUUUUCACAGAAAUAAUGGUUAGACACUGGAAUAGACUGCCCAGGGAGGUAGUUGAGUCACCAUCCCUGGAUGUGUUUAAGGGUUGUUUGGAUGUGGUGUUGGUGGAUAUGGUUUAGGGGAGAACUUUGUAGAGUAGGGAUGAUGGUUGGACUUGGUGAUCCCUAGGGUCUUUUCCAACCUGAAUAGUUCUAUGAUUCUAUGAAGAUGGGGGAGCCAGGCUUUUCCUAGCAGCUGUCAUUGACAGGACUAAGAGGUAGUGGACAGCAGCUAAAACAUGGGGGUUUCUAUCUGAACACACCUUUUUACUUUGCGGAUGGUCAAAGACUGGAAUAGGUUACCCAGAGAGGUGGAGGAGUCACCAUCCCUGGAGAUACUUAAAACCUGACUGGACAUGGUCCUGGGCAGCCUGCUUUAGCUGACCAUGGUUGAGCAGGGUUGUUUGACUACGUGGUCCCAAGAGGUUCCUUCUAGCCUAAAUGAAUCUGUGAGCUUGAAAUUAGCACUUUUCACUAGACAGUGCUAUGGACCAUGUUCUGUAAAUGAGGAUUAUCCUGAAAAUGGGUGGUACUGAUGUGACAGCUUGAAUCCCUAGGGAGCAGGUCUGUGAAGUGAAAAGUUGCACAAAGAACAGUAUAAAAGCAUUUGGCUAGUUCUGGUAUUUAAAUAUCAUUAUUAUCUCAAGUGUUCAUUUUUUUUUUUUUCUUUCAGAUCCAUUUGGAAUCACUUUAAAGAAUUCAGUUUAGUUAAAGAAAAAGAAAGGGUAGGUUUUAAGAUUCUCUGAGAGAUAGCAGAAGCUGUGUUUCUGUCAGUGGAACUCUUUUGUUUUGGUAAGAUGGUCACUUGGAGGUUAUGUUAGCUGUGUCCCAUAUUCUUCCAGUAUUCAUUUCUACAUGAUAUCUUCUUUAAUGGGAUCUCUUUAGAAAACUGCUGAAUCACAUGUUCCUUUCCUGGUAAGGCUGAUCUCAGGGUUCUCAGUACUCUGGGUGAAUUCAUUGUUGUCAUCCUCUUCAUUCCUGUCAGAUCCUUGAAAGUUACCUUUAAUUUGAGUUUCCCCAGAUACUUCAUUAAUGUCUCGCUUUAAAUCAAAAGGGAAAGUGCAACAUUCUGGUGACAUAUUUGGAGACUUCCUAUGGGGAGCUGGCCAAGGCCUUGAUGAAAAUGUGAAAGUCUCUGUAUCAUCCACGUGGUGAUCACCUGUUUCAUUGCUAUGGUGUUCAACAGAGGCAUUCUCUGGCGAGGUUAAAUUGUGGCAGGGUGAAUCUUCAGUAGCUAUGAACUACUCACUCCUAUCCUACUGGGUACUGUGCCUGAAACUUUCUGGAAACACCCAUUCAUCACUGGUUAUCUCCCAUGAGCUUCUGACUGCUUUUUUUGGGGAUAAUCUACAACUGUUUUUGUCUGCUGAUGGUCCUUGUGGUGAGGCAAGCUGAAAAUCUGCUCCUCGACUCUCAGAGUUUUUCUCAGUUUGAAUUGCAGGGUCAUUUUGACAUGUAUCUUUCAUUGUUUGGCAAAUAUUCCAUUUGCCUCUUUGAUCUAAAGAAUCAUUGCACGGUGAGAAUGACAGCUCCAGUCUCUUGGCUUCUUGUUCAGUUCCCUUUCCUGAACUUUGAAGUCAGCAUGAUCUAUUUCUUUUGCUACCCCAGGUCUUUGUUACCUUUCCAGAUACUCUCACACCACCUCUUCUGUUUGAAGAUGGAGGUGGCCACAGGAUCUUUGAUCCAAAUACAAUAUGUGACACAUCCUGAGUUUUAUUGCUGUGUGUAUCACCUUGUCCUCUGUCAACUAAGGUACCUGUUUCUUGCACUGUUACUGGGUUUCUUUCUCCAUCUUUUUAUUUCUGGGUUGUGAAUUUUAGUCAGAUUCAGCAAUUGUGUAACGUGGCACAUCUGUAUGUAGCUGGCAGGUUUGAGGAAUAACAGCUAUGGGCUCUUACAGCAUAAAUAGACCACCAUGCGUAUCAUCUUUCUCAGCUGUAUCUUGCCUGGAUUUUAAAGUGAAGAUCUUUCUCAGUUGACAGUUAGCUGAAACAGUAAUUCCAUGCAAUGACUGAAAGACAGCUCCUCUGAAUAUUUCACUGGAGAAUGCUGACAUGUCAAUACACAUUGUACCGUCUUUUGCUUGAGCAUAAACAGGAAUUUUUGCACGCAGAGUGGUUACAGACAAUGUGGACAGUGAUAAAGACAAUCUUCUUUUAGUAUUUCCUAAAUCGGUUAUCACUAACUCAGUGGAGAAGUCUUUUCCCAGUGGCACAAAAAUCUGAAGUGUCAGAAAUUGCUGUAGCAUUCCCAAAGUUUGUCCAGUUUCUUUUCGUAGCUGCAUUUUGUUGAUUUGACUGCUUCUUUUAAGUACAAAACCAAAGCCUUUUACUACUUCAUCAUAUUAUUUCAGUAUAGCUGAUGGAUCACCAAGAAUCUUCCAUUUUGCUCCUGUGUUCUUGCCUUGAGUACUGAAUAUUUCAAUAAAUGGGUCACCCUGAUACUGAUAUUUGAACAUUCUCCACCUUCCAUGGGCAAAAAACAAUUUCAGCAUCUCAACCAGUAAAGACAGACUACACUAGGCAAAGGUAGGGGGGAAUGAGGCUACACCUACAAAGGGGGUGGACCCAGGGUUCCCCGUGUGGUGUGGAAGAGUCACAUGGGAAAGACAAGGGGUUACGAGCCCAAGUUGCUCCUGGGGAGGUUGUGAUGGGACACAAGGUGUAUUUUUCACCGUGAUGACAGUCAAACAUUGGCGUAAUCUCCCAAGGGAGUGGUAGAUUCCCCCACAUUGGACAGUUUUAAGUCUAAGCUUGACAGUAUGCUGAGCCAUCUGAUAUGAACUGUAGUGAUAAAUAGAAAGGUUGGACCAGAUGGUCCUUGAGGUCCCUUCCAGCCUGCCAUUCUGUGAUUAUUUUCAAAGCCUGAAUUUUAAUCCAAUGAAGAAGGAAAAGCCCAGGUCCUAGCCAAAGAAAAGUUUGCUUAAGACACAAAGUGGGAUAGGAGUUGCCCGUAAACUUUCAUAUGCUUGAAUUGCGUCUUUUUUGAAUAUAAAUUAGUUACUUUUCUUUAGAAUUAAAAAAGAUGCGUAGGGAAAUUGAGAGCCCUCUGUUAUAGUCUAGUUUUAUAAUAUAGUAAUAGGGCUGGUUCCCUUGAUUGCAGCAUGAUUUUGGUGAAAGAAAUACCUUGCAGGUAUGCUUUAUUACUCAAGUUUAAAACCAUAAUACAGUGCUUUAACAAUACUUUCAAAGGAUUUUUUGUUUUUUUUCUUCAUAAGAAAAUAUAUAAGAUUCGCUGUCAGCCUUUUGCCUGUGCAAGUGUAGUAGUUACCUCCUGUUAGGUAGCUUAAGAAAUAGCAGUGUUAUCUUCACAUACGUAAUUUUCUGCAGGAAAAGCAAAUUAUAUGGAGUUGGGAUUUAAUUUACAAUAACUUUUAAUGAGCACAAGAAGAAUCCCAUUUCUGAUGCUUAAAGGAAUAGAACUUCUGGGAGAUACUGUUACAGUCUAGUUUUUCACUGCAGAUCUCUUCAUACAGUGUCAUUAACUGUAGUCCUAAAUCUACAAGAAACCAUACAAUUGCUGGAGCAGUAUCACAAAGGGAAAAAAAAUAAAAUGUUGCUUAGUGCUUAUGUGUAUUGUUAACACUAUAUAUUGUUACAAAAAAUUCCCAUUUCAGUAUUUUCCGUAUUGCAUUUCUUACGUGGUUUUUAAGUAAAAAGUGUAAAGUUGUUUUUUAACUUUCUCCUAUUUUUUGUUAUGAUUGCAGAUGCUAUAAGCUACAUGACUUUAAAAGCAUAUCAUCCUAAAAUACCUGCUUGUCCGUUUAAAAACUAAUGGAAUUGAGCAUUUUGUAAACCAGGAUCUUGUAACCAUAGUCCAACUUGUAAAAAAAAAAAAAAAAAAGUUACAGUGACUAAGACUAUUUUUUGUAACCAUCUUCAGGUAACGGGAUUAGUGCUAAAUUGAGGAAUUGCAGUAUUUUGUGUAUUUAGAGGUAUAUAUAUGUAUAGCAAGCUGAACUUUUCCAACUGUUUUCAUGCUUAAAAUACAGAAAUAUAGGACUGGUAUGAAAUGCUUGUAUUUCUUUUCUUAUGGAGCAGUAACAAAGUAUGUGUUUCUAAAAAUAACAUGGAAUUAGUUCAAAAUAUGAGAAAGGAGCACUAAUAUCUAUCUCAUCCAGGAUUCACAAAAAUUAGUACUUUUCUAUUUAAAAAUGUGCUUAAAAGCUAUGUUUUUUAAACCACUUGGUUAUGUAAUAAAUGCUACUUGGGAGAA